AUGAACAGAUCCCUCUCUACUUGUAUCCCAACCCAACUCAAAGACCAAAAUCCAAUUGCUGUGCCAGCGUGUCCAGCCGGAUCCCGCCCACUUUUAAGACCAGAUGGCCAACCCAGAAAAUGCCUUCCACACCAGAAUUCCCUCUGUAUUAAUGCCCUUCCAGACAAGCCAAACGCCGAUACCGUAUGCUGCUACCAUAACCAAGUGGACUACUACUGUUGUCUGGACACCACCGAAGAGCAAUGUCCCGACUAUCAUCAGGUUACUGUAGUGAUUCACAACAGUUUCCCACAGAAUCCAUUCGCGUUGAAGAGCUUCUUUUUCAAGGAUGGCAUUGAGGAUGAUAUAAUUGAUGCAACAUUUGGCAGGGGUGAUGAGGGACUCCAGAAUGAGAAUGGUCUUCUGGUACGUCAUCAAGUUCAAGGCAAUGGGAUUUUGAAGCAGUAA